GUCCGUUCUGACGCAUCUCACACAUCCAACAGCAUCAACCUUUGUAUGUCAGGCUCCCCUCUCUGGUCUUCACUCUCUCUCCUCCCCUGUGGUGGUAAAAAUUGCCGGCUUGACUGACGAUGACAUCUUUUUAAAUGGAUGCCAUUGUGCUGCCUCAAAGGACUCAGCCAGCUCGCAUCAGGCGCUACUCAGAGGCGAUGACACUGCCGGACUCUUUCAUCCAACGCCAGCAGCUGGACGCCAGCAUGGCUGACACCUUCCUGGAGCAUCUCUGUCUUCUGGACAUCGACCAGGAGCCAAUCACAGCGCGCAACACCAGCAUCGUCUGCACUAUCGGUCCUGCGUCGCGAUCAGUCACCAAACUGCAGGAGAUGGUCAAAGCAGGGAUGAACAUCGCUCGUCUGAAUUUCUCCCAUGGAUCACAUGAAUACCACGGUGAAACCAUCAAAAACAUCAGAGAGGCGGUGGAGACGAUCACUUCCGACCCCUUGUAUUACCGGCCGGUCGCCAUCGCCUUGGAUACGAAGGGUCCAGAGAUCCGCACUGGAUUAGUGAAAGGGAAAGUGGAGGAGGAGGUGGUGCUGGAGAAAGGCAGCAGUGUUCGUGUGGUGACAGCAGAGAGUGACAAAGACAAAACAGAUGGAAAGAUUAUCUGGGUGGACUAUCCCAGCCUCCCCAAAGUCCUCCAGAAAGGAGGAAAGAUUUACAUUGACGACGGCCUCAUCGGACUCAGAGUCACAGAAAUAGGCCCUGACUGGGUGGACACUAAGGUGGAGGCUAGCGGGCUGCUCUGCAGUUGCAAAGGCGUUAACCUCCCCGGCUGCGACCUGAUCGGCCUGCAGGCUGUCAGCGAGCGGGACAAGUCCGACCUGAGGUUCGGGGUCUCCCAGGGUGUGGACAUGGUGUUUGCCAGCUUCAUACGCUCGGCCCAGGACGUCAAGGAUGUACGGCGUGUUCUUGGGGCACAUGGACGAGAAAUCAAAGUGAUCAGCAAGGUGGAGAGCCGGCAGGGGGUCCAGAAUUUUGAGGAGAUCCUGGCUGAGAGUGACGGUGUAAUGGUUGCCAGGGGCGACCUGGGGAUCGAGAUCCCAGCAGAAAAAGUCUUCAUCGCCCAGAAGAUGAUGAUUGGGCGCUGCAACUCUGCCGGCAAGCCUGUCAUCUGUGCCACGCAGUUCGAGUAA